AUGGAACAGUUUUGCCAUUAUCUUGUGAUCUAUAUAUUUAAAUUUCAUAGCGUGCUAUUCACAAAGCGAGAAGAUCCAAGAUGUUCGAAUGCAGUUCUCAUUUUAUGUAGCUGUUGUGUAACGGAACAUUCUGAAGAUUGCCAUUUGAUGUUGUGAGCACUUUAAAUUCCAGUGUUUCUAGAUAUCGUUGAAAUACUGUUAUUUCUAAAAAUUUCUUUUUGAGAAAUAUGUACGAAUUAGAGAGUCAGCUUGUCAAUUACAAUUGCUAAUUUCUUACCCGGUUUCAUUAGUUUUCUAAGCACGAUCGAAAGAAAUAUUUUGCGUACUCGAUUUUCCAGAUAAUUAUUUCCGAAAUACAUUAACGUGGCGAUAUAUUUGCAUCAGAUCGCCACGAGUGUCGCGGUGCAUAAAUAUAUGCAUAUGUAUUUUUUGCAGAUAAAAUUACGUACGAGCGAUAGAAAAGUGUGCGAUUUGAUCUAAUUUUGCUCGCAUGAAUAUCGUAUUAUCGAUCAAGGUUGAAGUAUGCGCGAUAUCAUUAAUAACGAUUACUAUACUUUUCUUAGAAUACUUGAGAAACGUUGACCCUCUCACCGCGGCGAGUGAUCCGUGACGAAGAAGCGAUAUCUCGAAUGUCCAGGAUAUGUCGGGUAUAUACGAGGCGCGUAUAUGGUAUAAAUCGCGUCACACACUUGCAUUUACGAUAUGCGCUACGUGUAAUAUAUUAUAUACCGCGUCUCCGAACGACGCGUAUUCAAACGAAUAAAUAAUCUCCGAACUGAGUGUUGCAUCAUGCAAAUAACGCGCGUCAAUGUGAUAAUGUUCCAAUCGCGUAUAAUCGCGCAAUAAGAUACGUGGCAUAAAUAUUUCGCGAAUAACCGCACCGUCUGCAGCGAGUUCUAGUGUCGCGGGUCAUGCAUAACCAUUCGGUUCGAUCGUAUCGAUAGUUGAAUAUUAUAAAUAACGUAAUUAACUGUCGGAUAUACGCACAGCAGGUUAUGUGUACACCGUGAACUCACCUAUUUCGAGAUAACGGUAUAAGAUCUUAAACGAUGCGCGAGAUGUAUUACAGUUAUGCAGUGCGCCCGCUUUAUUCUAUGAGAUUAAAACACGCCCCUUUCAACGCCAUCUUGACGGACGGCUGAAAAGGACGCGAUAUUGAUACAACACACUUGCACAAUGCGUCUUUUCAAACGUUACACGGCCGAUACGAGCCCGCAGCUUGUUUCGGCUGUACCGAUCUCUCAGGACGCCGCCGCUGUGAGUAAUAUCGAAAGUAAUGCGUCUGAGAGACCAGAAAAAAAAUCCAAGACAGACGGCAGAUUGGAAAGCACUCUCCCAGUCAGAGAAGUCGCCGACGUUCAAAAAGAAUCUAUGGACUCGUCUAUUCUGAUUCGUAAAGGGAUCUCCACGUGGGGACGGAAAAUGGGCCGGCGGUGGGAUCAAAUGAAGAGAUCGGACAGCUCGGAGUUGCUUUCGGUGCCGCGGCGACGACGACGGUGGAGCCCGCACCGCAAGAACGACCACGACGAAACGACGCGCGAGAAAGCAAACGGCGAUAGCGAGCUGCCGAGGCCAAAGAGAAUCCCCAGGGUGGAAUCGUUGCGAAACCUCUUUAGGACCAGCGGCGAUCAGCCGCUCGGUCCCUCCAAGAGUUCCGCGAGAAGCGCGACAAUACAGGAGGAGGACGUCGUGAGUGUCGCUCACUGUCCGAUGGGGAAGACUCUCAGCGAAGGGGCGAUCAGGAAAGUUCCGUUUCGCGAUAUCUGCGCCGAGAACUUUGACGAAUACGCUCGUAUCGGUCGGGAAACGGUUCUUCGUCAAAAGAAGUUGCAGUUGAGCCGCAGCAUUCAGGACCUGCAGGAGCAGCAGCGGGUCUUGGACUACUUACUCAAGAAUCGGGAGAUCCUGACGACGCGGCAGGGUGGCACGUUCGCGAGGGAAACGCUGGAGAACAUCGGCGCGAGCGCCAAGUGUUCCGACGGUCGCGCGGAGGAAACGAAGAACGGCGCGCCGACGCGACUGUCCGGCCACCAGGGCGCCCGUAGCGCCGGCGAAGUUAAGGGAAAUCUUCAUCCUCACGGAUGCUCCGGCGUGCUGACCGGCUUGGAGGACCUGUUGAACAAUUUGCGCAUAGGCUGCGACGAGAGCGGUUACGAUUCGGACAGCACGCGAGCUGGCGCGGACUCGCCGGACAGUGAAAAAUCGACGGCACCGCCGUUGCUGAAGCCGCGCAGUUUCUCGGUGACGUCGGCCGAUUAUCACGGCUUCAACCUGUCGCUACCGCACGGCGGUACCCUGCGUAAAAAGGACGCGAACGCCGCGGAGCCGUGUUCGGCGGAAACGUGUGCUCCGAAAACUGAGAAGAUCAACGCGGCGGACGCCGCUGUCGACACGGCGGCCUACAACGCUCUCCUCGACGCCACGACGGCGAGGCAAUUGACGAUGCUAAUGCCGGAUGACGGCGACGAUACGGAUAGCUGCGAGGAAGACACCUUCGCCGAUUUUCUGGAAUACCAGCCGGAUUUGACGAGGGUUUAUUCUAAAACCGACGCGAAAUUCUUUCCCAAGUGUCGCGAGGAUCUGAUGAGGGCGGCGUCCGCAACUUCCAUUCAGCUCGGCGAAGAUUUAACGAAGCUCCAAGUGACGGACAACAAUGAUCUCGAUGUUACUCUGACGCCGUGCGACGCUUCCAACGACGCUGACGCACGUGGCGGCGAUAACGACAAAACGAAGAUCGAGUCUGGCGAGAGGAAGCCCUGCGCAACGGUGGAAAAUCACGGCGUCGUAUCUCAAAUAGGUAAACUGCAGAAUCUGUUAAAGGACAAAAAGUCUAAGAAUCGGAAAUGCUCCAGUCCGAGUAUACUGAAUCUGCUGGAACACGCCGCGUCUCCGUGCAAGGACAGUCCGCCGGCUAACAAGAUUCGUCCUUUGUCCGAGGUGAUGAGCAAUCCUCUGCAAUAUUACAACCCAAAGAGAUCGCGUUCCACUCUAGAACUCGACGCGCCGGAUGUGGCGAAGAACGCGGCGAAGAAGAUGCUGACGAUGAGCACCGCCGGAUCCGCGCCGCCUACCGCUUCCGCUUCCAAGGGCGCCGUAAUCGCCAGCAAGACCCUGAUCCGACGCGAGCUGAGAACGGUGAAGCUGACGGUGAACCACACGGCUGGUCUCGGCAUCCAGGUCGAGCGAUGCGAGGCCGCCCGACCGUUCUACGUGAUCGCGAAAAUGGAUCCCGACGGCGAGGCGGCCAGAUCGAAGCACUUCCGCGUGGGCGACGAGAUCGUUCGCGUCUGCGGACGCAGGAUACGCGGCAUGUCGAUGGCGGAGGCGCGGAACGCCCUGCGGAGCUGCGUCGGCACGGUCGAGCUGCAGAUCGCGAGAGAACCGAGCUCGGCGUUCGGCGAGGAGAUCGGCGACACCUGGGGCAGCGCCUUGACGCGCACGCGAAGCGAUCCCGACGCGUGGGUCUCGAAACACGGGCGAGCCAAACUGCCAGCCUUGUCCGACGACGCUUUGCCACCUCUGACGAAGGCUGGCAGUUCCUGCGCCAUCAACGAGGCGGCUGCGAGUCUUCAGAAGAUGACCGGAAUGAAGAAGUUCCAGAUAGUGAGGAAACGAAGCGCCGAGGCUCCCGCCCUGCGACGAGGGUCCAGUUUAUCUCUGGAUCUGCUGACGAUCGUCCUGGAGAAAGGCGCGCCGAAGAAAUUGGGCUUUUCCAUCGUCGGCGGAGUGGACAGCAACAAGGGACGCAUGGGUAUCUUCGUGAAAGACAUCAUGCCCGGCGGACAGGCGGCGGAGGAAGGUACACUGAGAGGUGGAGACGAAAUUCUAGCUAUCAAUGGCUCCUCGUUAGACGGCCUAACGCACACUAAGGCGUUGCAGAUGUUCAAGACCGCCAAAGCCGGGAACUUGAUACUGCACGUCGCCCGAAGAGAUCCGGCGCAUAAACGAUACGUCACGCAAUCGAAAUCGUACGAUUGUCUCGAUAAAUUAACGAAGUCCGCUGACGAAUGAAAUUAAUAUCAACAUCGUUGUUACUGAAUCUUGUUGUUGGGGACGUAAUGAAUUAUUUGGAGAAAUUAUGAAAUUAUUUAUAGGACGACUUCCUAAGUUUCUUGGGUCAAUUAAAUUAAUAAUUAAAGAAAUGAAGAGAAGCCAUCGAUAGUGUUUCUAAAUAUAUUUCGCAAAUUUCAAUUAA